AUGAAGAGUGGGUAUCGGUUGAUUAAGGAGAAAACUCUUCAUGUCUAUAAAGGUAAAGACAAUGUGAUGAGUUCUGGGAAAUGGAGGGAUUUUCUCUGGAAUUUGAAGAUCUCAUGCAAGAUUAAACAUUUUGCUUUGAGGUUGUUCCAAGACAUUUUACCCACGCAAUGUAAUCUCCAUCGUAAGCAUCUACUAGUAUGUGAUGGUUGUUUCCUUUGUGAAAAUCCUCAAGAGACAAUGAUGCAUUUAUUCUUGGAAUGCCCUUACUCUAUCAAGGCAGGGGGUUUUGGAGUGAUUAUUAGAAAUUGUAAUGGUUCUUUUGUGUUUGGGCUAUGUCACUUUGCUAAGGGUUUCUCUACGGCUAAUCAUAUUGAAGCAUUGUCAGCAUCUAAAGUACUAGGUUUUGCCAUGGAAAUGGGGUAUUCUAAUAUUAUUGUGGAAGGAGACUCAAAGAAUAUCAUUGAAGCUAUUGGAAAAAUGAAAAGGAAUCUCUCAAAUGUUGAGCCUUUUAUUGACUUAAUUCAAGAGUAUGCCAAGGAUUUCUAUAAGAUUUCGUUCUCAUGGAUCUGUAAUUCCGGAAAUGAGACAACUCAUGUGUUCAUCUGA